ACAGCGCUCAGGGGACGGUAUUAAAGGCCGGACGCUUCCGGUAGAGGGGAGCUGUGGCGGGGCUUGCUGGGAUCAUGGCGGAGAAUCACUGCGAGCUGCUGCCGCCGGCCCCGGACGGCCUCGGGGCGGGGCUGGGGGGCGGCCUGUGCCGCCGCUGCAGCGCGGGGCUCGGCGCCCUGGCCCAGCGCCCCGGUAGCGUGUCCAAGUGGGUCCGGCUCAACGUCGGCGGCACCUACUUCCUCACCACCCGGCAGACGCUGUGCCGGGACCCGAAAUCCUUCCUGUACCGCUUGUGCCAGGCCGACCCCGACCUGGACUCGGACAAGGAUGAAACAGGUGCCUAUCUAAUCGACAGAGACCCCACCUACUUUGGGCCCGUGCUGAACUACUUGAGACAUGGGAAGCUGGUCAUCAACAAAGACCUCGCGGAGGAAGGAGUAUUGGAGGAAGCGGAAUUUUAUAACAUCACCUCAUUAAUAAAACUGGUAAAGGACAAAAUUAGAGAACGAGACAGCAAAACGUCACAGGUGCCCGUGAAGCACGUGUACCGCGUGCUCCAGUGUCAGGAGGAGGAGCUCACGCAGAUGGUCUCUACCAUGUCCGACGGCUGGAAGUUCGAGCAGCUCGUCAGCAUCGGCUCCUCCUACAACUACGGGAACGAAGACCAGGCGGAGUUCCUGUGCGUGGUUUCCAAGGAGCUGCACAACACCCCCUACGGCACGGCCAGCGAGCCCAGCGAGAAAGCCAAGAUUUUGCAAGAACGGGGCUCAAGAAUGUGAGGGCCACAGUACUGACAGCUGAAGAAAUGAACUACUUUUUCCCAAGAUGCAACGAACCGCCUUGUCCAGGAAGCUUGGCUGUGAGAAGAAACCUGCUUUUGAUCAUUUUCCUAGAGAUCUGGGUGUGAAUCCUUUUUUGCCUCUGAGGUGGGUGGUGAGAGACGGGCCCAGCUGUCCAAGGCCAGGCGUCCCCACAGGGAGGAGGCGCCGUGGCCAGCGGGCGCUGUCUCUGGGGGCCUUGUUCGGAUUUUUCCAAGUGCCACAUGGGACCGAGGCAGGAUGCUUCCAGUGAGCCCGUGUGGUCGCUGAAGACCGUUCAGAGGGCAGCGUUCUUGGUGCUACGUGAACAGUGUGUGCAGGCAGCUGCUGCGUCGACGGCCGGCCUCCGGUCUGGGUGUCCUCUGGUCACCCGCUCAGUGCCAGACCCUGGUCCUUGGUCAGGGUGUGCUCAUGUGACGGUUUCUCAGCCUGGGCAGCAGCUCCUGACAGCGGUGGCUUCUGUGUCGUGACUACUUUCUGGGCGUUGCAGCCUCCUGCAGCAACAGGCUGCGCCCGGGCUGCUCAGCCGGGAUGGUCAAGGCUUCUCCAUUUGUAUUUUUCAGGCGAGAGAACUUUGUAUCCCUUUUCUCAAGCGUGGGUGGGCUCCCGGCUGUUUGUACUCUAGAGACGCCUGCACGUGUUGCUCCAUGUGGACCGGCCCGUGCCACCCUCCAGCAGGAGGUGGUGGCAUUGCUCGUCCUCCCACCCUGGGCUCGGGGGGAGCCGGCGCCCCUCAGUGCCUUGCAGCGCCUGGGACGGAGGUCGGGCUGGAGGCCGUGCACCGGUUCUGGAGCCGCAGCUCGGGGUUGUGCCGACAGUCCGGGAUGUUUACAGCGCACCACACACGGCUCUCGCCCGCUCUCGCGUUCUCUUUGUCUAACUAUGCAGUUUCUAUUUCUGGGACAUUUGAGACUUCCCACAACCUGCCCGGGCUCCGCCACCUGCCGUGACGCGGGAGCUGCGAGGACCCCUUUAGACGACGCUGCCUGCGUGCCUGGAGCACAGACCUCGGCUGGCUGCGGGGCUCGUCCUGCCGGGGACCCGGCUCGAACAAGCAAGCGCUUUGCCUCCUGGACUCGGCCUCCCACGGGAGCUGCGCACACCGACCGGGGCUGCCGGGCGCAGGUCAGAGGCUCUGCCACCGUCUAGUGUCAAACGCCUCCGGAGCCUUCUUGCCCAGGCCUUUCCCCUCUCCUUGCCAAUAACCUGAGUAACCAAGUUCUCCAGCACCUAGGACUUACCUCCUCCCUUUUGUAAGGUCUCUUGUAUGUUGUUAAAUGUUCGGCUUCAACCGUUCCUCACGGCCUCUGCGCAGGGCAGGGGCGGCCGCCGGGGCGCGGCCGUGGCGUGCUCGCCGCUUACGACAUUUGGUUUAGGACUUUGACAUAAUAGAUAGGCUUGUGGUUUUUUUUUUAAUUUAAAGAUAUUAAGACUUAAUUCACUAAAAUUUAUUCUAAGGGGAUAUUUAUACUUUUAUACUUUUUUAGGUAUCCGUAUUUUAUCAGCUUACAGUUUAAUGCCUAAGUUUCCCCUGAAAAUAGCAAAUAAAAUUGUGUAUUUAAGAAUGAG